AUGGUCUGCUCUAAAUGCCAAAAGAAGCUCAAAUCCACCGAGCUCGCCACACCCGGUGUCAAGCGCAAGAAUGACAUGUACUACGGUUCCCCGUCUAGUUCUCUAGGAGGCGGCGUAGAUAAAGGCAAGGCCAAGGCGACGCUUGGUGCUACCGGUAUCGGAAAGAGCAAACUUCUCAGCGCGAAGGCUAAGAAUCCUUAUGCGGCGUAUGCUUCUUCUUGUGAGAACUGCAAGGUGAAGACGGAGCAGGGAAAGAAGUUUUGCCAGCGGUGUGCUUACCAGAGGAAUGCCUGCGCCAUGUGCGGCAAAAACUUGGCCGGGAAAGCGACCAAGGAUCAACCUAUUGUCCAAGGACAGAAGUUCAACAUGGCAUGA